UACAUAGAAGAACUGUACAAAAAAGAUAUUCCCAACCCAGAUAAUCACGAUGGUGUGAUCACUGACCUAGAGCCAGACAUCCUGGAAUGUGAAGUCAAGUGGGCCUUAGAAAGCAUCACUAGGGCUCUUUCGUCUAGGCUGCCAACAUGCCAUCCAGACUAAGGAAGACCCGGAAACUUAGGGGCCACGUGAGCCAUGGCCACGGCCGCAUCGGCAAACACCGGAAACACCCAGGAGGCCAAGGUAAUGCUGGUGGCAUGCCUCAUCACAGGAUCAACUUCGACAAAUACCACCCAGGAUACUUUGGGAAAGUUGGUAUGAGGCAUUACCACUUAAAGAGGAACCAGAGUUUCUGCCCGACUGUCAAUCUUGAUAAAUUGUGGACCUUGGUUAGUGAGCAGACACGAGUAAAUGCUGCCAAGAACAAGACAGGAGCUGUACCUUUCAUAGAUGUGGUGCGAUCAGGUUACUACAAAGUUCUGGGGAAAGGAAAGGUCCCAAAGCAGCCUGUCAUCGUGAAGGCCAAAUUCUUCAGCAGAAGAGCUGAGGAGAAGAUUAAGGGUGUAGGUGGGUCUUGUGUCCUGGUGGCUUGAAGCCACAUGCUGGGAAAUUCAUUAAAUGUUAAGUGCUUUUC